UACCAUUUUCUUUCCCAAGGGAAAAAAAAUUAGCGACACCCGCAAAUAAUGUGGUUAUAAAUUGGUAAAAGAAUUUUCAAAAUUAGUUUAGAAAAUCCCCAUAAAACAUCAUAAACUUUAACGCUUUGUAAUAUUAGUACAGAUUUAAAUUUAAUUAAAUUAAUGUUAAUUGACUUUAUUAACCACUUUGUAAUAUUACCAAGUUAUUUAGGUUCAAAGUCUCAAGUUUGUUUUUUAAUAAAAUUGAAAUUUAUUGAACAUUAGUGGUAAAAUUGGGGAUUUAAGUCUGGUAUCAUAGUGCAUACGCAACAUAUUUUAUUUAGCUGGCUAUAUAUUAUUAUACUGGCUGACGCCUGUGACGUUGUACGCGUGAAAUUCAAUUUUUCACCUUGGAUUUUACUGAAUCCUAUUAAAAUUGAUUCAGCCAUUUUAAAGAUUAAUCUGGACUAAAAAGUUUAUUUGUGUUUCAGUAUUGUGAAAAUAGUUAACUAAUCUCAUAAGAAAACUGACAUUUUGAAAUAACAAUUCCCGAUGAGGUCCGGCGGCAACUUUAUUUUAAUUUUUUAAUAUAUAAUACUAAGCAGAUGCGAUAGAUGGCGUUAUGAAAAUAACAGUUCAAUUUUUGCGAAUUAAAAAAGCUUUUCAUGUCAAAUUGAAGCCACAAUACAAAUCAAUUUGACACUAAUAAUAAUAGAUAAAGAUUAAUGGUAGGCUCAAUCUACAAUUAAUAGUAGUUUUACCUAAACAUGGGGGAACUUUCACCGGCAUUUCGAAAUAUUUUCACUGACAUCACAGGCGGUAUAGUGGACCAUCAGCAGCUGGGCAGGUGCGCAAGACAAGAGCUUGAGUUCAGGGAUUGUAUGGAAGCCUACGGUUGGGACCGCGGCCUCAUCAAGUGUAAGCAUCUGUUAGAAGAGUUUCAAGAGUGCCAGACUAACAGGAAACAAUUCUUGCGUUUUAUGGCAAUGCGUAGAGAGCGCGACAGGAAAAUAGCUUGCGGGGAGCUUACUGGAGACAAACAGUAUGUGUCACCGAGAAUAGACAGCUUCUAAAAGAAUUGAUGUGCUGAUAAUAAAAAAUUGAAAAAAGGU